GCACGAUGUAGGCGUUCAACGAGAAGCGCAAUAACAACACUGGACGUCAAGGGCGAGCAGACAACGCCCACAGCCAAUACCAAAAGCUAGGGUGAAGCGAUGGCGUUCACCGAAGGUCGAGACGCACCGCGCACCUCCAGCAAGUGGUAUAAUACAGUGCGUCCAGCGCCCAGCAUGCCAUUCAUGAUUUUGAGCACACUUUUCACACCUCGAAGCGCACUCAGCUGGCUCUGGUGCGCCCGCCGCUCUUGCAUAUCUUGACUUUCCCUCUUCUUUGCCAGACCACGCACGCCACGCCGCCAUGCUUCACCUCAAAGCGUCCGCUCUUGCAGCUCUCGCGGCUCUCUGUUGCGCCCGCGUCGAAGCUGUGCCAGUGGGUGGAUCGCUUUUGAGAAAGUUGGGCCUUGGCGAUGGUGCGCUGCCAAAGAAGGAGGUGCACCCUCUGAAUUACGCGCACCCUCGCGACGAUGUGAAUCACGUGUACGGACAUCCUUAUCAGGAGGCCAACUUUCACGAAAUGAAGCCUGCCUUGCACAAAGAUGGCUACAUUCAAGGCAGCGCCCAGACCGGCGCAGUCGCAGCCUUUUUCGCCAUGCCUGGUGCUCACUGGAAAGCUGUGCCUGGAGGCAAGAUGCUUCAGACGCACGGCAAGGGAGCAGGCACGGAGAUCAAGUACAAUCCCACGGAUCACUUUCACGACGUCUCUAGUCAUGGCCGCGUCGUCGGAUCGUGGAAGGGCGUACACCCGCAGUAUCACGGCAUCUACGACAAGCACUUGACGCCCGUGCACUCCAUGGGACCAGACAGGAGGCCGGAUGCCGCCGAGGCAGAGUCUAUUCUGGUCAACCUCAAGACGAGCUCCAAGAGUCAGAGGUACAUGCCUCCCUCGACGAGCCAUUCGUGAUUGGGAGCGCGGUGGCAAGACGCGUGGCGAGGGGCGGCGACUUUUGAAAAGCACGCAUAGGCAUGUUAUUCCCCCCUCCGCCACCGCCACUUUACGCCGCGGGGCAAAGGUCUGCUCAUCAGCACGGCGUAUACGAUCGCCGUGGCAAUGUAGCGCUCGAGCAGCGAGCGUCGUCACCUCGCCUCGGACAUACUACAAAAGCUGGCUCUCGAUCUUCUCUUUGCCGCUUCCUACCAUGCACCACCUCCCUUGUCUUUUUCAAUCGCACUGCGCAAUGAGAUUCAUCGUCAUUUUCUUCGCGACUGGCAGCCUACUGGCAGGGCCAGGCUUGCCCAACUUUGCCCACGCUGCGCCUCUAAAGGGCUGUCUUGGAUGUAUCGAAGGCACCAGCUCUCGUUUCUCCGAGGCCGCGCAACACGGCUCGCA